AUGAGAAGGAGAGCGCUUUGGAGAGAGAAGCCUGAGAAUCCUACAGGCUGGUGGAGUUUUUCAUCUGGGACACUCCGGAGCUCAGGAGAGAGCAGUCUAUCUCCCUUUCACGCGAUGGCUUCGGCGAAGACUUGUGUGAACAAGUUCAAGUCCUUCGUGAUUUUGUUCUUCACCCCGAUCCUGCUGCUUCCACUCAUCAUUCUGGUACCUGACAAGUUUGCCAGGUGUGCCUAUGUUAUAAUGCUCAUGGCUGUCUACUGGUGCACAGAUGUCAUCCCAGUGGCUAUCACCUCCCUCCUGCCUGUCUUACUCUUCCCACUUUUGAAGAUUCUGGACUCCAAGCAGGUAUGUGUCCAAUACAUGAAGGACACCAAUAUGCUGUUCCUGGGCAGUCUCAUCGUGGCUGCGGCUGUAGAACGCUGGAACCUUCAUAAGAGGAUUGCCCUGAGAAUGCUGCUCUUUGUGGGAACCAAGCCCUCGCGGCUAAUGCUGGGCUUUAUGUUCGUCACGGCCUUCCUGUCCAUGUGGAUCAGCAAUACUGCCACCACGGCCAUGAUGGUACCCAUUGUGGAGGCCAUGCUGCAGCAAAUGGUAGCCGCCAAUGUAGCUGUGGAUGCCAGCCAGGGGACACUGGAGCUGCUGGACAAGAACAAGGCCAGCGAGUUGCCAGGAAACCAGGUGGUAUUUGAAGACCUCAGUGAGCAGAAGCACGAGGAUGAAGAAACGAAGAAUAUGUUCAAGGCUAUGAACCUAUGUGUAUGCUAUGCAGCCAGCAUUGGGGGUACAGCCACCUUGACUGGGACGGGACCCAACGUGGUGCUCCUGGGCCAGAUGCAGGAAUUGUUUCCUGACAGUAAAGAUGUCAUGAACUAUGCAACUUGGUUUGGAUUUGCCUUUCCCAACAUGAUGUUGAUGCUGGUGCUGGCCUGGCUGUGGCUCCUGUGUUUAUACAUGAGACCCAAUUUAAAAAAAACUUGCAUCUGCUGUGGGAGGAAGAAGAAGGACACUGAGAAGGUUGCCUACAAGGUGCUGACUGAGGAGUACAAGAAGCUGGGACCCUUGAGUUACCCAGAAUGCAAUGUGCUCUUGUGCUUCUCCCUGCUUAUCAUCCUGUGGUUCUCCCGAGACCCCGGCUUCAUGCCUGGCUGGCUGUCCUUGGCCUGGGUUGAGGGAAAAACCAAGCAUAUCACGGAUGCCACGGUCGCCAUCUUUGUGGCCAUUUUGCUUUUCAUCGUACCUUCACAAAAGCCCAAGUUCAACUUCAGCAGCCAGACUGAGGAAGAGAGGAAAGCUCCGUUCUAUCCCCCAGCACUGCUGGACUGGAAAGUCGCCCAAGAGAAAGUUCCCUGGGGCAUCGUGCUGCUCCUGGGGGGAGGAUUUGCUAUGGCAAAAGGAUGUGAGACUUCAGGGCUCUCCGAGUGGAUGGCAAGACAAAUGGAACCCUUGAGCUCAGUGAAACCCGCUGUCAUUACCUUGAUCCUGUCCGCUCUUGUUGCAAUGACCACAGAGUGCACAAGUAAUGUGGCCACUACCACCCUGUUCCUGCCUAUCUUUGCCUCUAUGGCUCGUUCCAUCGGCAUCCAUCCGCUGUACGUCAUGAUUCCCUGUACCCUGAGCGCAUCACUUGCCUUCAUGCUGCCUGUGGCCACCCCACCAAACGCCAUCGUGUUUGCCUACGGACACCUCAAAGUUGGUGACAUGAUGAAAACAGGAUUCAUAAUGAACUUCCUUGGGAUCCUAACUGUGUUCCUGUCAGUCAACACCUGGGGGCGGGCUGUGUUUAACUUGGAUAGUUUCCCUGACUGGGCAAACUCAACAAGGAUUAACACUUAGGAAGAACCACAAGAGCACAAGCAUGCCCCCCACCCUUUUGAGGACUAUGAACCUUUCCGGCACACCUUGCACAAAGCACUGGUGCUCAACCCCCAGUGUGAUCCAAUGAUGUCAACACCCCAUGAAGAUCCAGCCAACUAGCCACCUCUUCCUCCAGGCUCAGAUUCAGAGAUGGCAAUGGGCAAUGGGCAAUGGAAAGAUAGGCUCAGAAGGGAAAGGAACCCCUUUGAAAGGUCGUAAAGCCCAUCUUUCUUAGGACCCUUCCGUCUCUCCUGGGACAUGCUCAAAUCCUUGAACCAUGAAACAGAGGGAAACAGGAGACCAGGGCUCAAAUUCUGUACCAUGUGGCUUUGAAAGACUACUGGCUCCAUGCUGGGCUCCUGGUUCUCACAUACCUGUUCCCACGGUCUCCACACGGGGGUUGGAUCGCCAGGCUGAGAACCCAGCCCCUGUGCCUCUUCUGGAUGUCCCCAGAUCAUCAUCUCUAUCACCACAGAGGAACUUUCCAUCUAGGACAGAACUCUGAUCUUGAACACUCCCUACUUCCAGAAUGAGAGUGGGAGUCACAGCCCCCUGAAGACAUGGACUCUGCAUUGUGCCAUCACCGACCACUGAGCAACCUGAGGUGCCAACAUCAAGGCAUUCCUGCUCAGCCUUGGUUGGCCUGUCCCAUACUUGCCUCAUUCCAUAUUCAUUAACAGUUUGACCCCCCUUCCCCAGUGAGCCUCCUUCAACCCCUAAAUUCUCCCUGGGUGAGGCUCCCCGAGAAAACCCCUGCUUUUUUCCCAGGGAGCUCAGUUUGAUCAUUCUGGGAAUGCUCAUCCUGCCAGCCUGGUUCGGAUGGGAUCACGCUUCAAGGAUGGACAGUGGUGUCUCUUUGGGGGGAUGCUUUUUUUAAGUGGGAUACCCAAGUCUUCCCUUGACUAGAUCCAGAGCAGAUUCAGCAGCUCACUUCCAAGGGCUGGACUACUGCAGUUUGUCUGUCCUCUUGGACUCUUGGGUUCCUCUGGGAAGGCCUUUCCCUUGCUGGCUGUGCACUGUGGCCAGGCCUGGUGGCAACAGAGCAUGGUUGAGAAUGAGCAGUGCAUGUUGGUGUCUGAGCAGACAGACCUUGCCAGAGUCAACUGACUGAGCCUCCAUGAGAACCCAUAGGACCCCACACAUGAAAGGGAGACAGGAGAGGAAGCUCUCCCUUGCCCUUCUUCCUUGCUUAAUUUGCUCUGAAAAGAAGCUUGGGUGGGAAGA